GUGACCGGUUCGCCACCGUUUUAAAGCGACCGUUGAAGGCUGCUGUGGCGUGACCCGGAAAGAAUGGGAGGAGGCGGGGAAAAUUUGAACGAUUUGUGCUGAAAACGGCCCAAAAUCGGAAAUAAGCCGAGGGUGAUUUAAUAGCUUUUGACUGGAAUUCUGAUCCAGAACAAUGGCAAGAAACUGCGUUGAUUAACUAGCUUGAUAUUUGGAAAACAGCUUCGUUUGGUGGAAAGAGAUGUCACGAAGAAGUAACUGCAGUCUGCUCUGUUAACUUCAUGGGAAAAGGACUUCUAGUGGAAACUAAAGGGAAAACAGGUGUUAUUUAAAGGGAAAUAGAGUUUUUCCAGACUGAAGCUGAGGACUUGGCAAGAAAACACAAAAUGUCUCCUGAAUCAAAAAAACUUUUCAACAUACUUAUUUUGGGAGUCUCAUUUAUGUUUAUAUUUACGGCUUUUCAAACAUGUGGAAAUAUUGCGCAAACUGUUAUAACAAAUUUAAACAGCACAGAUUUUCAUGGCAGUGGCUACACAAGCAUGUCCAUUAUUUAUGGAGUAUUCUCGGCAUCAAACCUUUUCUCACCUUCAGUGGUUGCAAUAGUGGGACCUCAACUCUCCAUGGUUGUUAGUGGCCUAUUUUAUAGCUUGUACAUUGCAGUUUUUAUCCAACCUUCUACAUGGAGUUUCUACACUGCUUCUGUUUUUAUUGGCAUUGCCGCUGCUGUACUAUGGACAGCACAGGGAAAUUGCUUGACUGUAAAUUCUGAUGAAAACAAUAUUGGAAGGAACAGUGGAGUAUUUUGGGCACUCUUACAGUCCAGCUUGUUUUUUGGAAACCUCUAUAUAUACUUUGCUUGGCAAGGAAAAACUUACAUAACAGAGAGCGAUCGCAGAACUGUCUUCAUUGCGCUGACUGUUAUCAGCCUUGUGGGCACAGUUCUCUUCUUUCUGAUUAGGAAACAAGAGGACACAAAAGCUCCGGGGGAGGAAGAUUCUACUAAUGAAAUCCCAGGGGACAGCUCGUCUGCACAAAAUAAACUGACAAGAGCGGUGGAUGCCUUUAAGAGAUCUGUAAAGCUAAGUUUCACCAAGGAGAUUCUGCUUCUCAGUGUUACAACAGCCUACACAGGUUUGGAAUUAACAUUCUUUUCUGGAGUAUAUGGAACAUGUAUUGGUGCUGUGAAUAGGUUUGGUGGUGAAGAGAAAAGCCUUAUUGGUCUCUCUGGUAUUUUUAUUGGUGUUGGAGAAAUUUUAGGUGGAGGAAUCUUUGGUUUACUAAGCAAGAAUAAUCGCUUUGGCAGGAACCCCGUUGUGAUGCUAGGCAUCAUUAUUCAUUUCAUAGCCUUUUAUUUAAUUUUUUUAAACAUGCCAAAUGAUGCCCCUAUUGCUCCCAUGGAAGGAACAGAUGGUAUUGCUUAUAUGAUUCCAAGCAAAGAAGUGGCCAUAUUCUGCAGCUUUCUGUUGGGCCUGGGAGACAGCUGCUUUAAUACCCAACUCCUCAGCAUUUUAGGAUUCCUGUAUUCUGAAGACAGUGCUCCUGCCUUUGCCAUCUUUAAGUUUGUUCAGUCUAUCUGUGCUGCAGUUGCAUAUUUCUACAGCAACUACUUCCUUCUGCAGUGGCAACUCCUCAUCAUGGUGGUUGUGGGCUUCUUUGGAACAGUCACCUUCUUUACAGUGGAGUGGAAAGCAGCGGCUCUUCGUGCCCGUGGCUCUGAGUACAGCAGCAUUUGAUCUAGAUACACCACAUUUAGUCCAACGUAAGGAAAAACACAGGCACACUUACUGUCAAGUGAUGUGGGAAGGUGAAAAGAUCAAGUUGAAGAGAUUAAGAUGGAGGAAGCUACUACUAAACUGCCAUCAGUGUAACUGAACAUGAAACAUGGGAGGAAAAAAUGCCAAGUCUGAAAGCCUUUUUUCUUUAAUCAGCCGAGUGUGGUAUGCGUGCUCUUAAAAAUCCUGUGUUAGAGAUGGAAGCAAAUAGAGAUUUAUAUAUUGAACAAUUCUGUUCUAAGCCAUACCUUCCUGAAGGUGUAAUUGCCUAAUUUCACUCUAUUAUUCACUUCAGAAUUAUUUUUUCAUAUAUUAUUUUUUACCUGUGUUCUAGUUCUGCAGAAUCUUAAGUUCUUCUGUUGAAUGAGCAAUACUUUCAUUAGGUGUUAUUACAGAAUGUGUCUGUACAACUGAAAAAUGAAUUCGUCAUUGACUUGUUCAAUGAUUAGAUAUGCAGAAGUAUUUCUGUGGGAAAUGUUGCCUUACUACUUUAACUGAAAGUCUUCGAAUUCUUGUUUACAAGAAUUUGCUUUACUUAGUCAUCUUAAAGACAUGAUCCUGUGAAGUACUGGUAUUUGAAAACAGCUUGUAGGCUCAGCAUCUAUCAGCAUUGAACGGCGUUGGGAUAGCUGCUGUAACUUUCUCAGGGUGGUGCUAUAUGAAGGACCACAAGACAUGGCUUCCCUCUCAGAAUUCCAAAUAGUCCUUUUGAGUCCACUGAAACCUUCAUCAUAAUCUGUGUUGGAAGCAUUGUCAAAGAUACCUUUUAGAAGUACAAACGGACUCAGAAUAUGAACUGUAAGAAUAAUCUUGUGGUGUUUAUUCUACAGCAUAGUCUAAAAAUACCUGACACGAUUGACGUAAGCUGUUUUGUUCAAUAUAUUUUGGGAAUACUGUACUGUAAUCUCAUUCUGCAAAAUGUGAAAACAAGCUGAAUAGCACAGCAACUAAGUUUUAAUCCAGAACUGUUGUAGAUGGUAGUAUAAUGUAGGCAGCAAAUGCAAAACCACCUUGAUUUUAUCCGUCUACAUGACUUUAAUUCUUGCAGCUUUGUUUCCAUCCAGCAGACAAGAUGCAGCUGAGAGCAGAUGUGGAAGACUGAGAAAGGUGUGUCUUUCGACACUCCUGUUUUUAGAAAAGUACUGUUUGCUAGCCUUUUUAUGUACAGACGGAAUGCAAAUGUCUUAUUUUUGAAGAAGUUUAAAAAAAAAAAAAAGUUGACUCAGAGUAUUUGUCAGUAGCUCCAUGUCAGUAGCUACAUGUCAUAACUACGUAGGUGUACCCGAGGUUAAACUUUGUGAGGGAGUGCAGUAUUUCCCGUGACAUUUGCUGUCACUUUUACUCUCACAGAGCAUGUAACACUACUCCUAUGAAGCACAGCUGUCUUCAUGCACAAUAAAAUAGCAAAGAGUUAUUUUAGAGGCACAUAGAAAGAUUUUAAAUUCAUUCCAGGUUUUUACUGUGAGUUAGUUCAUAGGGUGUUAGGGAGGAUUAGAGGGCACCUGAACAUUUGGCAAGCAAAGAAACGCAAGGACAGGCAGGAAAGCCCUUGUGUAUUCCCAGGAGAUUUAAUGAAUAACGUAAAAAAAAAAAAAAAAAAAAAAAAAAAAAAAAGGCACACAUUGACUGAGGGGUUAUUGAAGUCAUUCUAAUUUGUCAAACUGGAUGUUCAGUAUGCAGUCACAAAAAGUGAGUAGCAGCGCUCUAAUGCUCUUAUCCAUUCCUGUUCUUCUGUAAUUGGAACCAUACUAUUUAUAUCUUGAACACCCGAAGGUAUACAUUUUAGGUGAUAUGUUAUACGUCGUGGAUGAUAGGACGCUGUCAGUGAUUACACUUCUCUUGUUGCUAUGUAUUUGUAUUUUUCUCUCAAAUACUGUAAGUGAUCGUCUUUUUUUUUUUUUUAAGAUACAGAGUUACUUUUCUCUCUGGUUAUUUGUGGGACCUGUUCUCGCCGUACAUAUCAACAAGAGAAGGACUGAAAGUCCACAAGGAACAACUUUGUCUUACAGGGAGGGAAAACGAUUCUCAGGUCUUGUGGUAAUGAGUAACUUAUGCAUUUAAAGCGAUGCAGUUUAAUUUUGGCUAGGUAAUGCCUCUCAUGAGGUUGCUUUUAAAAUUGAUCCCUUUUAAUGAACUUCUGUGGUGUUCAUCUGCAGCAUAAGAAUUAUAUCAACUAUUUUAUUUGAAAUUGAGGGAAAUCUCUAAGUUUGUGUAGCUUCAGCAAGCAUUUUGAAGCCAACUUUCAGGGAUCCUAAUGAACUAGGACUUGUGCAUGUUCAGUAUGUAUGUGAAUCAGACGUUUUACUCUUUUUUUCCUCUUUCUGUUCUGCUUGGUCUGACUCAAUAUUGGAUGAUGUUAGAAGGCCAUUCAGAACUAUUUAUUGGGUCAUUGAAGUGAACUAUUAUUGCUCUGACAAGUUUUACAAGGCUGUCUGUGAUGCAGUUUAGAGAAUUUCAUGGAUUUCAUUUUUUAUUUUACUAUUAACUAAGUGUAACUUUUAACUUUUGAUCUUAAGAAACCGUUCUCAGUUAAUCAAGCUGGCCAUGACACAGGAUUGCCUUUCACUUAUUUCCUUGAUUUGUUGGGUAAUAAAAAUCCACACAGCAAUACACAAUAGUUUGGUCAGAAUUUUUGGUAUAGCAGUAUGAAGAAUAGGAAUGCUGGCAUCCAUUAUCAUUCCAUCUCUUAAUCUUUUUAUCAGUAUUUACCAUCCCUGAGACUGUACCCCAUUCAUUUCGCUUCCUUGAUCUUUGAACAAUUUCACAUUAAUCUGAGUUGUAAGCUUACUGUUUAUUUCAGUGGGAUUUGAAAAAAAGGCUUUUGCUGUAUUUGUGCUAUCAUGGUUUUGUUUUAUGUUAGAGAUUUUAUCUUUAAGUGAAAGUACACAUUAAUUUGCUUAGGUUUAUUAAAAAUAUCUUUUUUGCUGCUUGUAUCCUUUUACAUUGUUACUAGUCUAAUAUCCUGACAUAUCACAUCCAAGUUUUUCAAACAAAUGCUAAGAGGAAAUGAAAACUGAUAUUCAUGACUUCUGAGUGCCAAAGAAGCUGCUGUAAAUUAGUCUUUCAUGCAUAUCGUAUAAGCAUAUCUAUAUUUUUGUCUUGCCAGUCGGUUUUCCUUCUGAUAUAAUAUGAAUGUAUGCAAAGAGAAUUUCUACCGCUCUAGACCUCAUUCAUAAUUAAGUUAUGUCCUUCUUAUUUUUGUUGUGAUCAUUUCAUUUGGUACAAGCUAUGUUAGAAAGCUGAUAUAAAUAAGGGAAAAAAUUAUAAAAUGUUCUUUAUAAGUCUGAUCUUUAUAACCUUCUGCCGAUACAACUAAACUAGUAAGGGAUAUCUGGGGGGAAGUCAUAACUUUUACUGAGGUCGCUGACUUAGUAGAAGCCCUCCUGUGGUUUGCCUAUUUAAAAGCUGCAAGUCUGCUGGUAUAGUUCUUCACAUUUUUGUGACCAGUUUAAACUGUAUGGGAAAGAGCUUCCUGGUGGGGUAUGUUGGUUAAGCUUUCUGGAGAAUAAUUUUAGCGUAGAAAACUAUGAAUCUGGGUCUUGUGUGAGUUGACCAGACUGAGAAAGCUCUGCUUGCCUUUCUGCUAACUCCACGAGUUUACUUCAGCUGGGGAAUGUGGCUACCUUGACAGCCUACAUUAAAUGCCAGUGAGUAAUGCUGCGGAGGUUGCCUAGGAGUUUGCCUCUGCUUGAAAAGUAGGCCAUGCAUGAAGAGAACUUCACAUUUUCUAGAGCAAUGUUGAAUUGUUUGCUGUCAGCAAAAGGAAGAAAACCAAAAAGGCAGAAUUAAAGGUGGAGCUGAAGUCAAGAAGUUAGCUGCUUGUCAUUCUGAUGUGUCUGCAUUGGUUCAGGAGCAGGGGUGAGAGUCGCUAUCGGUUGUUAUUUCUGCAGAUAAAUUCAGAAUGACACUUUGAUAAGCUUAAUUUUGGAAAUUAUGCUCGUGCCAAAAGAGAAGCACUAACAGGAGUGGAAGAAACUGCCCUAAAGAGGAACAGAACGAAUCUGAACUGAGGAAACACUUCACAGCAGGCACGUGGAGGGUAUGCUUUGUACAGUUGAGCUUGGGCAUGUAGCUGCUGCUGCUGGACUUAACUCAAUUUCCAUUUGUUUCAUGCUUUCUCUGCUGUCUUAGUUACUUCAGUUGUUGAAUGUCCUCUUCUGAGCUAUCCUGUCAUUUCUUUACACUUUGCCAUUGUCAAAUUAAUUUUAAGUCUAAUGGUUGAGAUCUUUUUUAUUUUUAUAGAAGGUGGGUUUAGGUUAGAAUUCAUGAUGCAUUAAUUGAGAACAGGCUCACAAUUAUCCUGAUGAAAACACUGAUUUCAAGUGUAUUGCGUGAAAACAGCCUCUAUUAUGUUUCUGUACGUGGUCACAGCCACAAAUAAAAAAGACAAUGAUUUUGUUAA